UGGACACAAACUUGACCGGGAGAAGAGUGAGUGGUGUGUUUGUGUGUCUCACACUGUAUGCGAUUGCGAAAAAAAACGAGAAGGAGAGGGGGUGAAGACGUGCGCGCGAGGGCGGGGGUGUGCAGGUGCAGUUUGCAUGUGUUUCAGUGUAAAUACAAAAUAGUGACAAGUUGUCAUGAAGUUUGGUGCCUAGUUUCGGCUUAAAAACUCAAAAGUCCAAACUUAAACAAAGCGAGAUGAGCGCGCGACAAUGUUGUCAUUGACUUCGCCCGCGCUUACCGCCUGCAGCCGUGCGUGAUUGACUGCCAGCAAUCUGAUCCAGUGAAAGACAUUGACAACCAAUAGGAAACGGAGUGCGGCUUGUUUCCAUGGGAGGCCCCGGGAGGCGAUGCCAAGCCGCUAGAAAGCAACACAGUGAGCGGGGAGAGGCGCAGGCAGCAGCCGGGACUGUGGAGAUCCUGCAGCCGCUCUGUAGCUCUCAGCAAAUGAAAGCGGCGCGAAGUUGGUAGGGUGGCCGGACAGGAGACUGGAGACUUUGCAGAUUGCUCGCCCGUUAAAGCCGCAACAGUGCAGAAUGGAUGGAUUUCACGAUCAGCAAGUGCCUUACUAUAACUCCAGACUGCAAGAAAAGACAACGAGCUGCGAGAGGCCAGCAAAUGACAGAAAGAGAAAAUUCAUUAAGUCCGACCUGGCUCUGGACAGUGAAGAGCUUUUCCAGGACCUCAGUCAGCUGCAGGAGACUUGGCUAGCAGAAGCUCAAGUUCCCGACAAUGAUGAGCAGUUCGUUCCAGAUUUCCAGACUGAAAACUUGGCGUUCCACGGACUGCAGCUGAAGAUCAAGAGGGAGCUGCACAGCCCGUGUUCAGAGCUGAGCUCCAACUGUAGCCAGGAGCGGCCCUUCAAACUCCAGUAUGGAGAGAAGUGCCCGUACAGCAUCAGUGCCUAUGAGCAGAAGCAGCCCACAGGAAUGAAGCCCUCCAGCCCAGUGACACCCCCCUGUAGCACCCCUGUGUCCCCACUUCAUCAUGGCUCACCCACGGCGGCCCCAACGCCCAAACCAGACAGGACCUACACCCACAUACCGCCCUCGCAGCCUCUCCCUGAUAACGCCUACACUAUGGACCACAGAUUUCGACGUCAGCUCUCAGAGCCUUGCCACUCGUUUCCCUCCCCGCCGACAAUGGCUCGGGACGGCCGGCCCAUCUACCACAGGCAGAUGUCGGAGCCCAACAUCCCUUUCCCUCCUCAAGGCUUCAAACAGGAGUACCCCGACCCCCUCUUCGAACACCCGGCCAUGAUGGGGGCCCCUAUUCCCCACACAUACCCAGCCGGCAUGAUGAUCAAGCAGGAGCCGAGGGACUUCACCUAUGACUCAGCAGAAGUGCCUAGCUGCCAUUCUGUCUACUUACGGCAAGACGGCUAUCUGGCUCACACUAACAGGACUGAAGGUUGUAUGUUUGACAAAGUGGCGAGGCACUUCUACGACGAUACCUGCGUGGUGCCUGAAAAGGUGGAAGGCGACAUCAAACAGGAGUCGGGCUUGUACCGUGAGGGCCCGUCGUACCAGCGCAGAGGCUCGCUGCAGCUCUGGCAGUUCCUGGUGGCUUUACUGGACGACCCGUCCAACUCCCACUUCAUUGCCUGGACCGGCCGUGGCAUGGAGUUUAAACUCAUUGAGCCAGAAGAGGACUGCGCUCUUCUGUGGGCACGACACGAAAACAGGGCGUUGUUGGAAUGCUACUACGCAAGUAACCCCGGCGGAAGAGGUUACAUGAAUAGGAUGAGGGACCUAUGGAUUCUUCGAUACCCAACAUCCACAAUGACGGCGAAACAACUAGUAGCUCAGUGUUCCAACAUUCGAAAGAAGGGACUGCUCUCACAGCUAGAGAUUGACGAGGUACAACAUAAAUGCUACGGCAAGGGGGAGCCUGGUCAGGGGGGAGAUAUCAUCACCCCCACCCGAGAUUGGGUACCAAGCCUCAAGUGCGAUAGGAGAAGGAUCGUUGAGUGCGAGAAGAACUUACCUGAAAUAUAG